UCCGCCGCUGCCUCCCGGUCCCGCCGCGGGCAGGCGGGAUGAUGGAGCCCCCCGCCUGCGCCUCCUGCCACGGCCGCCCGCUGCCGCCGCCGCUGCUCUGCCUCCUGCUCGCAGCCCUCUGCCUGCCGCCAGCUCUGGGAUUGUACACAGUGAAUGCAGUAUAUGGAGAUACUAUUACUAUGCCUUGUCGUCUAGAAGUACCAGAUGGUCUCAUGUUUGGAAAAUGGAAAUAUGAAAUGCCAAAUGGAUCUCCAGUAUUUAUUGCCUUCAGAUCAUCAACAAAAAAAAAUGUGCAGUAUGAUGAUGUACCAGAGUACAAAGACAGGUUGAGUCUCUCAGAAAACUAUACAUUAUCCAUCAAGAAUGCAAGAAUCAGUGAUGAAAAGAGAUUUGUAUGUAUGCUUGUUACAGAAGAUGAUGUUUUCGAAGAGCCAACGAUAGUCAAAGUCUUCAAACAACCCUCUCAACCAGAAAUCUUGCACCAAGCAGACUACCUAGAAACAGAGAAGCUACAAAUGCUUGGGGAGUGCGUUGCAAGAGAUAGUUAUCCUGAAGGCAACGUUACGUGGUACAAAAACGGGAGAGUUUUGCAGCCCAUGGAAGAAGUUGUGGUCAUAAAUUUGCAAAAGAUUGUGGACAAGUCAACUGAACUCUUCACCAUGACAUCGUCUCUUCAGUACAAGCCGACAAAGGAAGAUGCGAAUGCCAAGUUCACUUGCAUUGUGAUGUAUUAUGGACCAUCCGGCCAGAAAACAAUACAGUCUGAACCAGCUGUCUUCGAUGUUCACUAUCCAACAGAGAAGGUGACUAUUCAAGUGCUGUCACAAAGCAGUACGGUUAAAGAAGGCGAUAACAUCACUCUGAAGUGCUCAGGGAAUGGCAACCCUCCUCCGCAGGAGUUCCUGUUUUACAUUCCAGGAGAAACAGAAGGCAUAAGAAGCUCAGAUACUUACGUAAUGACAGACGUGAGGCGAAAUGCAACAGGAGAAUAUAAGUGCGCUCUGACUGACAAAAGCAUGAUGGACUCGACCACCAUCACUGUGCACUAUUUGGAUUUGCAGCUUACUCCUAGCGGAGAGGUCACAAAACAGAUUGGAGAGGCCCUGCCCGUGUCAUGCACAAUUUCUUCUAGUAGAAAUGCGACAGUGUUUUGGAUAAAGGUCAGCAGUUCAUUACUUGACACCUUACCGGAGUGGUCAGCUCUGAUACUGAGGAAGAGGGAUGGGUGA